UUUCUUAAUCUGAUAUAAUAUUAAUAUAAAAUUAACACAAACAACGACCGUUCAGAUUUCUCGCCAAAUAAUGGAAAACGCAAAUCAAACUGAUGAUGCGAAGACCAUUCAGUUAUUAAGUAAAGGUAUAAUGGAGCUGUAUGAACCGCCGUUAGCCACCAUAAACACCCAUUUAAAGGAACUAACGGAAAGACAAGAAGCAGUUCACAGCAUGCUGGCGUCAGAGCGGAGGCGGCUCGAAGACUUGCAGAACGAUGCCAUGGUUGACGCACUUCUGGCCGACAUAGCGACGAACAGGGAGCGGCUGGUGACCAUCUCCAACUCCAUGAUGGGACUGCACAAGAGAGUCCACUCGCUACAGGCGCGGGCGGCUGCCGUGGAGAAAGUAGCUAAAAGCCGAGCCGCGAGCCAAAACAAACCGGCCGGCAGCUAGUAGCAGGUACAUACCCG